GGAGGAGAAACCUACCGCAGGUCCACUCGUCCUCUCAGUCCUUCAUCCUCCAGUCAGUCAUUCACUGAGGUGGUCGUUAGUACGGCGUUACACGGAACUUGGAUUUAUUUCUGCCAGUGAUCAGAUCAGACGAGCUAACUCAGAAGAUGUUUUUCUGUCUUCUCCCAGUCGUGGCUCUAAUGCUGAGCACACAGUCCGCAGUGUCCGGUGCCAGCAACGACAAACGGCUGAGCACCGUGGCCCAGUACUCCAAGGACAGAUCCUGGAACAGAUACAGAGAUGAUGACUACUUCAAAAGCUGGGCUCCUGCGAGGUCUCUAGAGCAAGGUCCUGACACGACUAAGGACCCCUGUCUGAAAGUGCGCUGUCCCCCUCACAAGGUGUGUGUCAGCCAUGACUACCAAACAGCCAUCUGCACCAAUCACAAGAAGCCAACACACAGUGUGAAAGCCCGGAAAGGCAGCUUGGGCCAAAAGCACAGGCUUGAAGCCGGCACUCAUGGGAGCUGCAAACUGUGCUCAGCACCGCAUUCAAAUCCAGUGUGUGGAUCAGAUGGACACACCUAUUCCUCGAAGUGUAAGCUGGAGUUCCAGAGUUGCCUCUCUGGGAAGAUGAUCUCCGUGAAAUGCGAUGGAGCGUGUCCAUGUUUGCCUGGACAAGCGCUUAGCAAACCGCCACGCAAAACUGACAGGGCUGUGUGCACCGACGCAGAGCUCCACAGUCUGGCUGCCAGACUCAAGGACUGGUUUGGAGUUCUUCACCUCGAUGCCAACAGAGACCUCAAAUCCUCUGACAGCUCAGAUUCAGCCAAUGGACACUUUGACACAAGCAUCUUGCCCAUCUGCAAAGAUUCACUGGGCUGGAUGUUCAACAAACUAGACAUGAACUUUGACCUCCUGCUUGACGAGUCAGAGCUGAGCGCCAUCUACAUGGACAAGUACGAGCUGUGCAUGAAGCCCCUUUUCAACUCCUGCGACUCCUUCAAGGAUGGCAAGCUGUCAAACAACGAGUGGUGCUACUGCUUCCAGAAGCCCGAAGGUUUGCCUUGCCAAGCGGAGAAGAGCAGGAUCCAGAAUCCGAGUCGAAGGAAGAGCAUCGUAGGUUCAUACAUUCCUCGUUGUACUGAGGAGGGCUACUUCAAACCAACCCAGUGUCAUGGCAGCACUGGACAGUGUUGGUGUGUGGACAAAUACGGUAAUGAGAUCGCCGGAUCCAGAAAGCAAGGCAACCCAAACUGCGACGAGGAUCAGGAGACAUCGGGAGACUUCGGCAGUGGCGGCGCCGUCAUUCUCCUCGACGACCAGGAGGAAGAAGCUUCGCAGGGUCGGCAGAAGAAAAGACGGGGCCGGAUCCACCCCCGAGGAACCACCGAAGAUGACGACGACGAGGAAGACGACAAGGAUGACGAGAUGGGCUACGUUUGGUAGCUCCGCCCCCUCGGUUCUAACACUGUCAUCAACCGACCAGGAAAACGUCCAGCACAGAUUUUGAAGCCAUUCCAGCCUCUCUUCCAGUGGCCGUGACAGCAGUCCAUCUUUUGGCUCCUGAACUUUGCUCCUGCAAUCUCUCUCAUCCGUGGACCUCAUAGUUUAUUUUCCGAAUCUUUCGCUCAACACUCAAAGAGGAAACAGAGAGCCUAUUACAUUUUAGCAGUCCCUCGUCAAGAAGAAUAAUGCCUUCUGCUUCUGCCAUCUCUACUCUACCCUCUCUCUAUGGCCUCUCUCCUAUCCCUGUCUGUUUGCCCAAAUACAUGAGCCAAUGCAUCGGAUGUAAAUAUGGACACAACGGGCCACAUUGUACAUGAUGAUGACGACAUUGUUCUUUCAUUCUGUCUGUACUCCACCAUCGGGUCAACAAUGUUCCUCGCAAAUCCACCAUUCUCCACCCCCCUCUCUCGCUCUCGCUCUUUGUUAUUUCAUGGAAGAUUGUAAAUUAUUUAACUGUUGAUCUUGAAUGUCCCAGAAAGAGCAGGUAGCAAUGAGAUUUAAUGAUGUGUCGUCGUUGUUGUUGCAUGUUUCCUCAUCGUGUUCCUGUAAAAGAGAGAAUUACCUGGCUCGGGUCAAGCUCUAUGCAUCUCGAAACAGAACGUGACGCCUAAUCGGCCGCUACAAUACUUUGUUUGCUAUGUUGAUGCUGUCUAGUGUCUUUUUCGGUUCUUCUCCCAAUCUCAGGAGGUAGGAAGUUGCAUUGCAGAGCGAUAGACAAGCAAAGUCGGGUACCAGCGUCGUGCCAGCUAAGUUAGUUAUUUGGCCAGUCGGUGAGCUGUGGCUAUGGCUGCUGAGUCUGUUUGACUGUGCAUGGACACUAAAGAAGGUGCUGCUCCUGAGCUGGGAGGACUUAUGAAGUCGUGGGAGCAGAGAAGAGGCUCUUUGUUCUGCCUCCUAACGCCAUGUCAACCAAGUGAACUUUUCUUUGUAAGUUUGACAAUUUAAGUAAAGUGGCACUUUGGGUGUCUUUUGAACCUUA